GAUCAGGAAAAAAACCCUAAAACCUUAUCGAGCUCAGUCUCUCUCUCUCUUUCUCUCUUUGAUCGGGUUUUGAUCAUUUUGUGAGUUUCGCGCAAGGAAGGGGGAAGAGAAAGAUGGUUGUGAGGCUGCGAUUAUCGAGACUAGGAUGCAAGAACCGACCGUUUUUUAGGGUGAUGGCGGCGGAUAGCAGAUCUCCGAGAGACGGGAAGCACAUCGAGGUCUUGGGUUACUUCAAUCCCUUGCCAGGCCAGGACGGUGGUAAGAGAAUGGGUCUCAAGUUCGAUCGAAUCAAGUACUGGUUAUCUGUUGGUGCUCAGGCAUCAGACCCGGUUCAGCGUCUCCUUUUCAGAUCCGGUUUGCUUCCUCCUCCUCCAAUGGUGGCUAUGGGACGUAAAGGCGGGGAAAGAGACACUCGCCCUGUUGAUCCAAUGACAGGUCGCUUUGUGGAUGCAGAGAAGAAAACACCGGUUAUCAUCGAUAACCAGCCUAAGGAAGAAGACAAUGCACAAGACAAGAGUCCAUGAUUCAUUAGACUAAAGGAAGAAGACGAGAGUCCGUGAACUAAUGGCGUUAGCCUUUGUCUUUGUAGCUUCGAAGUUCAGUUUGGUACUUUUGUGUAAUGCACAUUUCUAGUUAAUCUUGGUUUAUUUUAUUCCUUUGAAUAAUUCCCCAUGUUUGGUCUUGAGGGAGAUUCCGGUUAUAAGUUUGACGUUUAUGAUGUGCUUAUUAACACUACCUAUAUGAGCUAUUCUUUAAUCGAUUUGUGUAGA